AUGAGGCCCAAGGGCAAGAGGCCUUCUCCUCCUUGUAUCCAAAGGAUGUUUAUAAACCUGAUUUCAAAAUGUAAUCUUCUACAUGGAGAUGAAUGUCGAGAAUUUUCUAGUCCUACUCCAUCUUCUAAAGUUGCCCGUUCAGUUGAUCAACCUGAAGUAGAUGUUCUUUAUGAUACACUUCAUACGAUGGGUCGUAAUGAUAUUCCAGUUAGUCUUGAAGAUAGUUGCUUUUCUGCAGAGCAGAGCCAACUAUCCUUUCUAUUGGAGACUACAAGUUCUUUGAGAAAAUUUCUUUGCAGGGAGACAUUAGGCCAUGCCAAUGAGAGGGCAAAUGUUUUGAAUAUUCCUUCAAAUGAAUAUGCUGAAUUCAAAAUGCGUCUUGAUCCUUUAGCUGCGAAGGAAUCCUCUUUCAAGGCUUUGGAAAUUAUGUCAGGAAAAUCAUAG